UCCUGUAGGUUGUAAAGGUUGAGCUGUCUUUAUGGGUCGUGGUGUUACGAACGCUACCGCAAAUGCUCAUAUGUAAUCGAUACUAACUGGCGUAUUUAGAUCUUGAGACGCUCAGCAGUUCCUCUGCACAUGACCUCUUGCACGAUACAAAAUACAAAGAAAAGAAAGCCGAGUUUGAAGGAGAGUUAGGUUUGUUUCGAUUUGGAAACCUCCCGGCGUGCGUGCCAUGCCGGCGCUGAGUCGAGGUCUGGCGGCCUCGCUGCUGCCUUUCAAACUGACGCGGCUACUGAGCGUGACCAGCAGAGGCGGGCGGAGUUGUAGCAGCAUGGCCGGCGACGCGUCUUCGGAAAGCGACGAGGACGAAGUGGAUGCCCUGGUCGGGCAGAAGUGGGACGUGGUCAUCUCGGGCGCUGGUCUUGCCGGCGCUGCUCUCGCCUGCGCGCUCGGUACGGCAGAGGCCUUCUCCGACAAGCGGGUGUUGCUGAUUGAUCGACGCACCUUGCGCUCUGACCACGAUGAGGAGAACUGGAGCAACAGGGUGUACGCCCUGACACCCGGCAGCAAGAGCUUUCUCCAAGGUCUUGGCGUCUGGGACAUGCUUCCGAAGUCCAAGAUUCAGGCCAUCAAACGCAUGCAGGUGUGGGAGUCGCACUCGGAGGCGCGCAUCACGUUCGACGGCCGGACGGCGACGGGAGAUGUGGCCUUUGAUGUGGACAUGGGCAACCUGGCCGACGCCCUCUAUCGGCGCCUGGCGCGGCUCCCGUCCCAGGUGGUGCGCGUCUGUUCAGGAGUCAAGGUUUCUCGCUACGAGCUGCCGUGCCUGGGGCAGAGGCACCCCAUGGACCCCUGCCCUCCCGUGCGGAUCCACCUACACGGAGACCGCGGCUUCUUCGAGACGUCGCUUCUCGUGGGAGCUGACGGAUUCAAUUCCCAAGUCCGGAAGAGCAUGGGAGUCAAGUGCCUGCAGUGGAACUACAACCAGAAGUCCAUCAUUGCGACGCUCAAGCUGUCGGAGCCAACGGACAACACGGUGGCAUGGCAGCGAUUUCUACCACAUGGCGUGGUGGCUCUGUUGCCGUUGGACACCAAGCACUCUUCCCUGGUGUGGACGCUGAGAACGGAUCUGGCGGACAAGUUGAUGCGGCUGGAAGAGGACAGCUUUGUGGAUGCCCUCAACCGAACGAUGUGGGGAGAGAGCAGGCAGAUCCCUCUGGUGGAGGGUGUGGUCUCUGCGGUCGGCUCCACUCUCAAGAGGUUCGGGCUAGUGAACGGCGGCCACCCUGCGGCUCCCGUGAACAUUCUCCAGCUGGUGCCAGGCAGCCGCGCAACCUUUCCCCUCGGACUCAGCUACGCUGCGCACUAUGUGCUGCCCAGGGUGGCCCUCAUAGGGGAUGCAGCUCACAGGAUCCAUCCCAUGGCUGGCCAGGGUGUCAACCUCGGGUUCGGGGACUCCCAGGGGCUCGCGAAACUCCUGGUCCGCUCGGUCUACGAGGACAGCCCCAUAGUGAGCUUCGACACGCUGCUCGCCUACGAGACGGAGCGCCAGAGGCACACGGUGCCUUUCCUGCUGGCCAUAGAGGGCCUGGUGGCGCUCUACCGGUUCAACUCGGGCCCCGCCGUUGCGGCACGCAGCGUGGGCCUGCAGAUCCUCGAUGCCUGCACCGCGAUCAAGGACAAGAUUAUUGACCGAGCAUCCUAUUGAUGACUUUAUUUCUGUAAAUGGCCAUUAGGCACUCAAAAUG